AUGCUGAACCCCUCCGACCACCCGCUACUCAAAUACGACAUCCUCGUCGAGGUCUUCAGCAACAUCGAGAUUUCAGGCCAAGACGGGUGGCCUUAUUACUGGGGCGCCGACGCUUACUCUGGAGUCAAGGGCGAAGGGUCGACGACGUUGGCCAGGGCCGCACGAGUAUGCAAAGCGUUUUCUAAUCCCGCUCUGGACGAACUAUGGGCCGCGCCUUGUGGUGGAUUGUACACACUCCUCCACCUUCUCUCAGCACUACGGGUCACACCAAAGCAGGAAUACGCGUUCUCCAGAAGAGGGGCCCGAACCAAGUACGAGUUCAGGACCUAUGUAAGAACUCUGCGUGUCUUUAUUUCUCCAAGGAGAUUUGACGUGCUCUUUCGCCCCCAGGAGCUUGACGAUCAUGUCGAUCUACAAGAAUGGGAGCGCAUGCUAUCAUAUGCAUCUCGCAUCCGCAGAUUCGGGUUCUUCACAUCUUCUGGACCUAGUGCCUGGUUGACGUAUAAAAUCACUCCGGCCUCUUUCGAGGUACUUCACAGGCGAGCAGAAGGCCACACCCUCUUUCCCAACCUGCAAGUUCUGUGUUGCCAGCUUGGAAGCUCGCGACCUUCUCCUGAUGACCCCUACGACUUCCUCCUCCGCAUCGCGGUCUCUCCCACCCUUGCCAAUGUCACAUUCAGGCAUCCUCACCAUGGGGUGUGCUGGGGAGACCCUGUGCGUAUCGAUCAGUCCGGAGCUCCUUCCGAUAUCACUACCAUCGUGUCGCGAUGUCCUUCAAUACGUCGGUUCGUAGCGGAUCUCCAGUAUACGACCAAGGAUCUCUAUCCCCUUUCCCAGUGCCGUACACUGCAGUCCAUUUGCAUAAACAAGGGGGAAGUUGGAAUCGUUAUAUUGAUGCAACUUAGCUCACUUCCCGGACUCGAGCUCCUCCAAGUAAGCCUCCUGGACGCCGGCGAGGAAGAAGACCGCCAGACGGACAUCUCCCUCGAUGUCGAUCAAGACAUAUUCCCCUCUCUCCGGGAGCUCAUCAUAGGACGUUGUGGGGCGGUGAUAAUCGGACGAGCACUAGCCCUGCUCAGUACCUCGCCCUCCUGCCCGCUCGCGUCCCUCCGCCUCGACGCGUCGUACGGCUCAGAUCUCGAGCCUGUCAACGUCAUACAACAUCUCGCAUCGCCAUCCAUCAGCCGCUCUCUCCGGACCCUCUGCCUGCUCUUCUCGUUCCACAGCACGAGUUGGAGAUGGGCACGCACCGCCAGACUCGAGCUGUUCCCGGCCUGCGCCAUGCUCGAGCCCCUGCUUUCUCUCGGCGCGCUCGAGGACCUCGAAGUACAUGCGCGCGAGCGGCGCUUCUCCCUCGCUGACGCGGAUCUCGUGCGCUGCGCGCGCGCGUGGCCGCGCCUCCGCCGCCUCGUCAUCCCGUACGAUGGCAACGAGCACGAUGCGGACGACGCACACCCCUCGCUCCUCGCCGCGGCCGACCUCGCGAUGGCAUGCGCGCGCCUGGAGGUGCUCGCGCUCGCGCUCGCGGACGUCACGGAGGCGGACGCGCGCGCGCUGGAGGCGCGGGCCGCGGAGGGGGAGGGUACCGCUCGCGCGGCGGGGUGCGGCGGGCAGGACGCGCUCGUGCAGCUCGUGCCGGCGUGGGGGUGCGGGACGCGCCGCGAGCGGAUGCGGGUAUGCGGGACGGAGCGGAUAAAGCUGUGGUCGCGGGACCCAUAA